CAGCGUUUCAGGUGUUUGCCAAGUACUUGGUUGCUUUAAUUCAAUGGAUGAAAUUUAUUUGGGUGAACGCUACGGCUAUCGUUUAUAUGCUGAAGAUGGUUUCAAUUAUAUUACAGGUGGUGGUGGCAUUGCAUUCUCAUUGCCAGUGGUUAAACUUAUUUUGCAGCAUUGUUCGUGUCCUUCAGCUACGGCGCCUGAUGAUAUGAUUUUGGGCUCUUGUUUGCAUUCACUUCAAUUGAAAGCUUUACACUCGUCAAGGUUUCAUCAGGCUCGCCCUAAUGACUAUCCCUUGGAGUUACUGCAGCAAGAGCCGCCAGUUUCGUUUCACAAAUUUUGGCAACUUGAUCCAAUUGAAGUCUACAGUGAAUGGUUUGCCGCUGAGGAACAUCAACUGUUAGCUAAGGAAAAUCAUGUACAUGAAAAUCUUAUUGAUUUGGAUUAUAGUUCCAAGAAUCGUAAACUGUUAGCCAAAACGGAACACUUGAAUUUAAAUGAGAUUCCUGUUUCCUUGGAAUCUUCAUUUUAUCAUUCCAAGGAACACCAUGUUGAUCUUUAAUCAAGUGUUUUUUUGUUAUCUAUGUAAAUAAAUAAGAAGUAAUAUAUUUUUCUAAAUAUA